AUGGAUGAAAGGAGAAAUGACAAAGCUAAAGCGGAGAUUGCGUUGCAAGCACGGCUCAACGAGAAGAGUAAACGAUCGAAAGGAAAAUGGGCUUCGAGAGGGAAGAAGUCAAAUUUCCAAAAUUGCGAUGGGGGUAGAGGUGAGAGCAGCUCCGAAGAGGAGAAUUGUGGAACUAAUAAGUUAUUGGACAGCAGCAAUAGAAGCUACAAGUUGCUAGACAAUAACUGCAACAGUUCGAAAAAUGCUGCAGAAACGCGUUCGGAGCAAAACGUUAUGGUAACAUUUCAAGAUGGAGUCCAAGGCAGUGAUGAAUGGUACUUGGAUUAUGGUUUUUCAACACAUAUGACAGGUAGAAAGGAUUGGUUUGUCAAAAUCAAUCAAGCCACAAAGAAUGAAGUGAAAUUCGCAGAUGAUACCACUUUAGCGGUCGACGGGGUCGGUGAUGUUUUGAUCAUAAGAAGGGAUGGUGGUCAUUCCUUGAUUAGAGAUGUGCUAUACAUUUUUGAAAUUAAAUGUAAUUUGUUGAGUAUUGGUCAAUUCCUUGAGAAGGAUUACAUGAUUCGCACGGAAAACAAGAUUUUGCGAAUUUUUUACCGAAACGGGGUUUUAGUCUUUAAAGCUCAUGUGGCUGCCAAUAUGAAUUUCAAGAAAGAAUUGAAAGUGAUGGAGCGUAGGUUUCUUGAUCCAACGAUAAGUCGAGAAGAGUGGUUGUGGCACUACCGUCUUCGACAUCUCAAUUUUUUAGACCUCAACGCGUUACAAAGGAAUGGUAUGGUAAUCGGGUUGCCAAAGAUCAAUAUUUCAGCUGAGAUGUGUGAAGAGUGUGUAAAAGGGAAGCUACACAAGAGUAGUUUCAACAAGGAUUCAUUUCAUAGCACAUACCAUGACCUUUAG